AUGCGUCGCGAUCUUGAUCUGCAUAUUGCCGAAUUGGCACGACGAACUGACGAAUUAAAUGCUGAACUGCAACGUAACAUGUCACAAGAGCAGCGUCAGCAUGAGCUAGAACUUGAACAACAACGCUAUGAAAAGCAAAUGGCAAUCGAACAUGAACGCUAUGAACAAGAAAGAAUUAAGUACCAAGCACAGCUGUCAUUAUCGUAUAUGAAUGAAAUCAGUAAUCUUCUAGAAAAAACUGAUGGAUAUCUCAACUCAAAUCCAUUAACGGCGGCACUUGCUCGAGCAAAAACAUUGAAUGUGAUAGGACAACUUGGCUCAAGUCGAUCAAGACAACUCAUUGAAUUUCUACAUGAUGCUAAACAGAUGACUACCGGUGAUAAAGCACUCGAUUUAUCUGGUGCACAACUCAACCAACUCGACUUCCGUGGUUCAUCAGCUCUACAUACACGAAAAAAACUUUCACUAGUCGGCAUUAGUUUGAAUGAAGCUACAUUCGAAGGCCUACAAAUCGAUGGUUGGGAUUUUACUGCUGCUUCAUUAAAUGGUGCUAAUUUUCGAUAUUGUGGACCAUAUACUCCGAAUUUCAACGAUUUAGUCAGUAAGGGGCUGGCUGUAGCAAUCAUUCGUGCUAGCUUCAGUGUAGGCACUGAAAUUUUAAUUGAAGAAGCAAAUGGACGACAGAAGAUAUGUAACCAUACUUUGUCUUUUCCAGCAUCAGAAGACAGUUGGUCAUAUGUAGCAACUUCUCCUAUGCUUUUGAAUACAAAUACAAAGGACUUAAUUUUUACUGUUGCAUUCUUGAGUCCUGCAUCAAUGCGCUGGUUACAACUGCUAGAAAUCGAAAUCAAUCCACUUCUUUCACGUCACAUGCCUACUCUGUAA